AUGCUGGCAAUUUUUGAUAAGACGGUGGCGACUAUCCCCAAGCCGGAGGGGCUGGAAUUGCACACGGCUGAGUCGGUUUCUGCACUUAAAGACGAGUGUUUGUCGAGUUACUUCGCUUCGAAAUAUCCAGGUUCCAUAGAGAUUGAUCGACGACCUGCGUGUAUGAUCUGUAGUAAAACGGACGUUAGGGAUCCGAUUAGUCCGAGCGUGUUUGCCAUGAAGGACGACAUUUUCUGUUUCUUGCGAGGCCGCAUUGAGAACAUUCCCGACAGGCUAACGGUAUACAAAGUGAAGAAAGAGAUCAAUGACCAGGCAAACAUUUUAAUCGAUGCUUACAUUACGCAACGUCGCCGUGAUGGUGAUGAUGGCCCAGAACCAAAAAGCCAGAAAACAAUACGACAGUUUUAUUGGUUUAGCUUACUCAAAGGGUUCCGGGGAAAUUUCGCGUUUGUACUCUUCGAUGCCCGGAAGAACAUCAUGUUUGCUGCUACUGAUGUUGGUGCUGACACUGGUCUUCCAUUCUACUGGGGUACUGAUGUUGAAGGAAAUCUUCUUCUUUCUAGUGAUGUUGAGAUCAUUAAGCAAGGCUGUGACAAAUCUUACGGUUCUUUUCCCAAAGGUUGCUACAUUAUGACAUCAAUGGGACUUAGGAGUUUUGCGGAUCCACAUAAGGAGCUGGAAGUGGAACAAGCGCGUGAUAAUGUGGGGAAUUUGUGUAUGAUGGUUAAUCUGGAGGCUUGA